GCGGAGAUAUAUCGCAGAAAAGUGGUCUAACAAAUGGUGGAAAACUAAUUAAAAUAGCAUGACAUCAAGACAUUAGAGCCUAAUCAGUGGUGUGUGGAGUGUUUUUUGUUUUGAAGCUGUACUUGAAAAAGGAAUCAAGAUGAGUACACCGAUCAUCAUCACUGUGCCCAACAACUACUUGACGGUGGAUGAUAUGGACUCGAAGGUCGUAGUCGACGUUUCAUCGCAGCCACCGUCAAGGAAGAGGCGCCUGGACCAUUUAACAUGGGAGGAAAAAAUGCAGAGGAAGAAACUGAAGAAUCGUGUGGCGGCGCAGACGUCGCGGGACAGGAAGAAAGCUAAAAUGGACGAGAUGGAUCAUCGGAUAACGCUUUUGGCUGAGGCUAACGAGCGUUUGACGAAUGAGGUGGCGAGUUUGAAGGCUUUGAACGAGCGUUUGUUGAGUGAGAACGCAUCGCUUCGCAGCGAAGCCGCGGCGCGGACCGUCGCGGGGGCCCCAGGACCAGCAGAGUCUACUCCUCAGCAGAAGGAGGGGCCCCCGACGGCGAUCCGCGCGGCGCGCCUGCUGCUGGCGAUGUGCCUCCUCUCGCAGACCUCCUCGCUCACCUCGACUCAGAAGAAUACCUCGACACCCUCAAUCAACUUGCAGAAUCCCUCCUCAAAGAAAUUGAUGCAGGUUCUGCAGGAGCGGUUGAAGAUGUCCCAAACCGGUUCCCUGGAGAGUGCCCUAAAGGAGCUCAAGUGGUGGGGCCCGCAGCAGAGCAACUGGAAUCCGAUGAAGGUGCAGUCGUAGACCUCAAACACGACGUCAACAGGAUACUGGCACAGCACUCGUAUGCGCACCGAUACACGCCCGACGUAGUCAUCACGCCCGCACCUAAAG